GUCUCUUAUUUUUUAAACUGAAACAGGAAAUACAUAAUAUCGUAUUUAGUUUUGCUUUGUACCUUCACACCGUCGUUCAAACCAAGGGAUCUCAUGGCAGACCUCGGUAUCAAAAGUGGGGACACGGUGCUGUUAGUGUGGGAUCAGCCCUCAUCGCCUGCGGCUUUAAAAGACUUUGCAGAGGAAGUUGGCGCGGUGGUUGGUGCAGAUGGCAGAGUGUCAGUGGAGAACAUGGAGCGACUUUUGCUGUCCGCCCACGCAGCUUCCAGCUUCGACUUUGUGCUCUCUAGUCUGCUGGCUGAUGGCGCCUCUAUCCACAGCUCUGAGUGUCUGGCAGAGAUGGCCAGAGUGCUGAAACCUGGUGGGAAGCUAAUUCUGGAUGAACCCGUCACAGAAGUAAAUGUACACAACAUGAGGAGUGAAGAGAAGCUGACGUCGGCUCUCAAGUUAUCAGGCUUGAUGUCGGUCGCACAGGUGAAUAAAGCACAACUGAGUCCAGAGGCUUUGAAUGCCCUUCAGACAGCUACUGGUUACCAAGGCAACACACUGUCAAAAGUACGCAUAUCUGCAACCAAACCAAACUUUGAGGUUGGUUCGACUACUUCAAUCAAGCUGUCUUUCGGGAAAAGGACUCCUCAGCCAGCAGAGAAACCACCUCUGGAUCCCAACACUGUGAAAAUGUGGACGCUGUCAGCCAAUGACAUGAAUGAUGGCGAUGUGGAUCUAGUAGACUCUGAUGCUCUGCUCGAUGAGGAGGACUUCAAGAAGCCUGACCCGGCGUCGCUCAAAGCUCCCACCUGUGGGGAAGGAGCAGGCAAGAAGAAGAAAGCCUGCAAGAACUGUACUUGUGGUCUCGCUGAGGAACUGGAUCAAGAGAAUAAAGGACAACCGAAAACAAAUCUACCAAAGUCUGCCUGUGGAAGUUGUUACCUCGGCGACGCAUUCCGGUGUGCCAGUUGUCCUUACAUUGGCAUGCCAGCGUUUAAACCAGGAGAGAAGAUCGUGUUGGAGAAGUUCACGUUGACGGACGCUUGAAGCUUCAAUUCCUGACACACACGCUCCUCAACUUGAAAGAUCCUUCAGCCAACGUUCCAUUGAGAUGUUUUCCGUCUUUCUUUGGUUGCUAGUGGUAAAAGUGUUGUACAAAGCAUAUUUCAACUUCUGUUAAUUUCCAUCUGUUUAUAACAACUUUACUUGCUAUAAACAUUAAGUAGGGCUAUAAUUGAAUUUCUGUCCGCAUGGAAGGAAUCAUUGCUACCAACUUCUUAACCUAUUAAAGCACAGGUGUCAUCAAUGAA